UAGUCUCUCGGGAGGCUGGAUUAGCCACAAGUUGUGGUGAACCAGGGUAAAAUCGGUGUGCCUCUUUCUUUUCUCUUUACUUCUCGUUUAUUCAUUUUUAUUCCCGCGAUUUCUUGAUCAAACGCUAUUCACCCCCCCCUCUAGCGUUGGUCUAUUAUUCUAACAAUUGGUAUCAGAGCCUAACCCGCGUCCAAACUUAACCGUUUGAGAGUAAAGCGAUCAUGGGUUCUUCUUCUAGAAAUCUCUAUGCAGGAAUUGGAGAAGGUCAAUCAACCUCUAGGCCACCACUCUUUGAUGGCACCAACUACUCUUAUUGGAAGGAACGGAUGAGAAUCUAUAUUCGUUCCACCAACUUCCAAUUGUGGUUGGUGAUCAAAAAUGGCGAAGAAACCCCUAUGAAGAAAGUGGGAGAAACCACGGUCCCAAAGACCGAAAACGAAUUUGAUGCCGAGGACAUCAAGAAGAUUGAAAACUAUGCAAAGGCCAUCAAUAUGCUAUAUUGCGCGGUCAACCCCGAUGACUACCGAAAGAUCUCCUGUUGCACAACCGCCAAGGAGAUGUGGGACAAGCUUGAGGUGACGUACGAAGGUACUGAUCAAAUCAUCAACGAUCUUCAUGCUCUCAAAAAGACUUACACCAACAAGGAUCUCGUGAGGAAAAUCCUGCGGAGCCUCACACCCGAAUGGAGGUCUAAAGCCGAUGCAAUCUAUGAAUCCAUUGGAGUCUCUAACGUCACCAUCGACGGGCUAAGAGGUAACCUUAAAACCUAUGAAUCUACUAUUCUAACCCCGUCUUUGGAUGAAAAAAAGAAAAAGGGGAUAGCUCUCAAAGCUACCAAGGAACCGGUGGAAGAGGCUUCAAGCGAUGACGACAAUGAUUUCGGGCUCGUCAUCAAGAAGUUCCACAAGUUCAUGAAGAAGGAAUUUGAGCGGAAGGGAAGGAAGCACGACGGUCCUCCCAAGUGUUACGGUUGUGGCGAGAUUGGCCACAUCAAGCCAAGGUGUCCAAAGGCCAAACACGGCAAGGAUAAGCCUGGCUUCAAGAAGCAAAGGGCCUACAUCUCUUGGGGUGGCGAUUCCGGCGACGAAUCAACCGACCAAGAGGAGGACGAAGCUGCAAAUCUCUGCCUCAUGGCACACGAAGAUCAAAGCGACGAUGUCCAAGAGGCAUCAAGUGUACUUUGGUACCUUGAUAGCGGAUGCUCCAAGCACAUGACCGGGGAUGCAUCCAAGUUUCUCCAAAUCAAACCCGCUAAAGGAGGAAACGUAGUUUUUGGAGAUAACAGCAAGGGAAAGAUCAUUGGCAUUGGUUCAGUAGGUAAAUCUGAAAACUCCUCUAUAGAUAAUGUCUUGCUUGUUAAAGAUUCAUUGGAGAGAGUACACAUUGAGGACGAUGAAGAAGACACGCCAUUAUACACCAACCCGCAACCACAACCUGAGGAAACACCUCAAGUGAUGGUCGAAAAUGAGGACCAAGCGGACGAAGAAGAACAAGAGGAAGCCCAGGAACAAAAGGAAACCGAGCUUCCCAUCGCUUGGAGAACGCACAGAAACCAUCCACUUGAUCAGGUAAUCGGCAGCAUCAACCGCGGGGUAAGUACUCGUACCCCAUCAAUGAAGUCAGGGGGAACCAUGCUAACAGCGCUGUCUAGGAGACACAACAGCGCUAUUGAGAGAAACACCGUCAUCCAGAAAGUUUUCCAACAGCGCUACAAGAGCAGGGCAGGCACUUCCGGGAAAUCAAAGUCCAAAUCCCGGGCGCCUACGUCAUCCUCCGAGGAGCGCCUCUACUAUGGCGACGAGUCAUACCUUUGGUUUGACUCCGAGGAGGAGCGCACCCGUUUCCUCACCUUUUUCUCUAAACGGGUUGUGGCUCCCCCACGGAUCAUCCCGGAGCGCUACCCGGAGCUGCAGGGCUACGGCGACCUUGACGCACAGCUUCAUCAAGCCGGCCUUUGGCCGUUCGUCUCCCGGGCGCGCAAGGAGAUCAACCCGGCGCUGAUCCGGGCCUUCUACUCCAACCUCUGGCAUGAGGACGACGUGCUCUACUCGCUUGUCAAGAGCACGCCGAUUGAGCUCACCGUGGAGCAGCUUGGGCGCAUCACCGGCCUCCCCUUCCAAGGCGACGAUGUGUCUCACUAUGGCGGAGAGAACUGGGUGCUCAACAACGAGGGCCUCAUCCUCAACGAGCUUGGCAUCACCGAGCUCAUUCUCCAUGCCUCGGGCCGCCCCACCAUCCACUCUGCUAACCCCGAAGGCCGCCUCGUCCUCUACAUCGUCUCCCGGAUCAUCAAACUCAGGAAGCACGGCCACACCAUCAUGCACGGUGAAGACCUCAAGCUCAUCCAUGCGAUCAUGCAUUCGGCCCCAAUCAAUUGGGCAAAGUUUGUCAUGAUCAACAUGACGAUCGCCGCGUCCACCGACCACGAUCACCUCCUCCCGUACCCGUUUUUGGUGAUGGGCAUCCUUGAACGGUUCAAGGUAACCACCACCGUUGGCCCGCUCACGAAGGCCACGAAGCUUUGGACAAUCAGCAACCAAACCUUCACCAAGCGUUCGGACAACGCCGUGGCUGCCACUGCCGAGCCACGCCGCACUGCCCCUGCCGCUGGCCCAGCCGAACCCCAGGCCCGGGCCAAUCUUGCCUCCAUCGCCGACUCCCUCAACCGGCUCCACCUCAAAAAUGACGGGAUGGGAGGCUACCUUGAAUGGCUCGACGUAGCUGUUCAACGCCAAGGGUACGCCAUGAACGCGUACUUCCAAGGCAUCAACUACGUCCCCCCACCGUUCCACGGCACGUUUCUUGGGCAAGUGUACGGUGACGAAGACGAAGCCGAUGACUCCUACGCCCCGUCAAGCUCCCCGGAUGAAGACGAGUUCGACGAUGCCAUCGAUGGGGAUGAGAUGGACGUUGACGACGACGAGGAGGAAACCGAAGACGAAAACUAGGACUCCCCUAGAAUUUCUAUCUCUUUUACCUUAAUUAUCUUGUUUUUUAAUGCUUCCGUUGUACUCCGCUAUUUCCUUUAAUAAAUCAAAUUAUCUUUUAUCUUUUUGUUAAUGUCAAAAGGGGGAAGAAAAGGACUAUGCAUAU